AUGAGCGGAGUUGAAGCUAUCGCGGGACUAGUUCUUGGUGUCAUUCCACUCAUCGUCAGUGCACUGGAGCACUAUGAAGACGCGUUCAGGAUCCUCGGUUGCUGGAGGCACUACAAAGUAGAGCACAGGAAAUGUCGCAACCGCAUCAGACAUCUCCAGAUGGAGGUACAGCUGACGCUUGAAGAACUGUGCCUAACAGUGCCGGACAGUCGUGAUCGACAGGAAGGGAUUGUGGGUCCGGUAUCGAAGCAAGAAGAUCUCACGUUGGAAGCGAGACUGCUGAAUCGGCUGGGUCCCGAAGUACACGGUCUUUUCGUCGACACGCUGCAGGACAUAGCGGAUGCUCCACAGGAACUCGAAGGCGUGCUAGGAAUACACAACCCUUCUGUAAAAGAGCGCAUGUUGUCGGAAGGACAGCCGCGACCUGGAAAAGUAGGGAGCCGUAUCGAGCGAGGCCGCAGCAAGAUGACAUACGAGGCCCAAAGAACGAAGUUCAGUAUCCAGAAAGAGCGGCGCGAAGAGCUGUUCGCGCACAUCGAGAGGUGUAGUAGCUCUCUCGCAGGUCUGCUGGCACGUCACGACAAAGUCGCCCGCCUUUCUCGUUUGCAAGUCUCCCACGAGGCGAAUACCACGUUGAAACGGACUCUUCGCGACUUUUGGCGGCAUGCAAGCAACAUUCAUCGCCUCAUAUGUCUAGCUUGGGGAUGUGUAUGCGCGACAAGCCACUUCGCAGACAUUCAGCUGGUGCAUAGACGCACGGCAGACGUGGAUUUGAAAGUCACUUUUCACUAUAGCCAUCAUGCUGCGGCUUCCAGACCUUGGAGUCCGCACCGAGCCUUGAUAUCGAAGGUGGAACGUUCAGUGGUGAGAUCCCAGGAGCCGAAUCCUGUGAUGACUCCACUUCAGUCCUUGCGCGCUCCGAACAAUCUAAAAUCGAUCCUCGCUCCGCUGGAGAAUGGCAAACAGCCUAUCAGGCCAAGCAAAAAAGCCGUUUCAUCAGUAAAGUUCACCGAGAAACCUGUAGCGAUGCCAUCGAAAAUCGACGUCACUACCAUCCAAAUGCCAACAAUUGACGGACAUUCCAAGGUCGAUCUAACGAACGAUGUUAUCCGUGCCUGCAUGCAGAGUGAAGAGAAGAUCGAGAGCCUCUGCCAGUCCAUUCGCGAGCACAACCAGCAUGCCCCUUGCUGUGGGCUCUUGAUAGACGCGAAUAUCGACGGGGAGUACAGCGUACAUACCCUUCCCUCGGUCAAGAAUUCCUCCAUCGAGCCUCAAAUGAUCACAUUACAUGCCUUGUUGACGGUGCCGAGACAUCAUGCUUCAGCUCUGAGUUGCGUCGAGCGACAUGGCAUUGCUCUUGCCGUAGCAUCAUCUCACUUGCAACUACACUCCAGCGAAUGGUUGAAGCAACCUUGGAACAGCAAAGAUAUCUUAUUUCCAUUGGACCAGGAUCGACCACAAUUGGAUCAGCUCUACCUCAGAAAGUACUUCGCUCCUUCAGCAGACCCCAAUCAGCCACGGCUGAUAGAUGAAACGUUCUCGACCCUGGGCAUCGUGUUAUUGGAGUUGUGCUUCGGCUACACUUUGGAUCAAAGUCCGUACCGACAAGCGUACCUGGCACAAGACGGGUCUCGAGAUCUGAUUCAGGAUCGAAUUGCUGCUCAGAAGUGGGCCGAGAAAGUGGACGGCGAGGCCGGUCCAGCGUAUGCCGAUGCCGUGGAAUGA